UGCCGCAGGGAGAACCGCUAGCAGCUAAAGCCUGACCUGAGUAAUGAGUAUGGCGACCUGACGGUAUGUAGUUCUGCUAACGUUAUCUCAUGGACAUCGUGUUAUGGUACAACCACCCGGACUACCCUUUAUCUCCAGACCAGAACUACUUGCUUGUAAAAUAAAUAGCGUCAGUGGUUGAUUACGCCGUUAGUGUCAGUAAAGUUGCUGAGCCGCUAGCUCUUAUUUUUAGUUAGCCACAAGCUAGCUGAUGUCUUGUGUUGUCACUAGCUUCAAACGGCUGGCAGCAUCAUCACCACGACAACUGGCAUCCUUCCCACCCGGCCGUGUGAUGGAAGGGUGAGGAACGAUGCUCCUGCGUAUCCUUUUAACAGGACUGUUAGGUGUUCUGUGGGAUGGAGUUACUGCUUUUGGUGGGGUCAGACUAGUGGACGGGGAGAACAAGUGUUCUGGCAGAGUGGAGGUACUCCGCCAUGAACAGUGGGGGACUGUAUGCGACCACGGAUGGGACCGCCGAGAAGCUCAUGUGGUGUGCCUGGAGCUUGGAUGUGGCUUAGCUGAAUCUGCCCUUCAUGAAGCACAUUUUGGUGCAGGCAGCGGAGAAAUCUGGCUGCGGCAUGUCCAAUGCUCGGGACACGAGGCCAGUCUGACACGCUGUGCUGUGGUCCUCCACAGUGACGCAUACUGCACCCAUGAGAAUGAUGCAGGGGUAAUAUGCUCAGGUACGCUUCUAAUGCCCACCCUCACCCUGCUGUCACCGCACACUGUGUUCUCUCCUGGCGAGGCUGUUCGCUUUGGCUGCAGUGUUCUGCUGGGUCACCACCUCAGUGACUUCCACCUGUACAAGCAUGGAGUGUCCACACCGCUGGUCACUCAGAGGGCGGAGCAGGGCCCCACCCCGGUGGAGCUGACCCUGACCGACAUAGAGACUUUUCACCAGGGCAGCUACAGUUGUCGGUACAGGAUCAAGAGCGGCUUCCCCCCUCAGCUGCUCAGCUCUCCACCCAGCAACUCCAUCAACAUCACUGUGGUGGAACUCCUGACUCCCCAACACUGGUACAACACGUCCACUGAGGCCCCUGCUGGUUCAGUCAUUAAAGGCCACAACUUCAACAUCACCUGCUCCACCCCCCAGCAGUACCCUGGAGGUUCCUUCCAGCUGCGUCUGAUUCGCUCCAACGGCACCGUGCGCCAGACCCUCCCUGCCCUCAGCCCCUCCGUCACUUUCACCUUUCCCGACGCCCAGAGCUCCAACGAGGGCUACUACUACUGCCUGUAUCGGGUCCAGAUGGGUGGACGCACCUUCAUCUCCAGAGAAAGCCAGCCCCUGCCUAUAGCCAUCAGAGACCCAGACCCAGUCCUGAGUCCGAUGGUGAUCAGCUGGAUUGUGUCCGGCCUGACUUUUGUGGUGGCCGUCGUCGUUAUAAUCAUUGUGGCCAAGGUGCUGUGCAACAAGGAGAAGAAGCCCACUGAACUGGAGCGAGAGACCAGAACCUGUGUGGACAACACUUAUGUUGCCUUAUCAAUUAACAAGCUAUGACGGGGUGUGCUGGCAACAGAACACUAAAGCAGAAUCGCUGAUGAGUGGACGGUCAGAAGGCUCGCGCUGCUUCCAUUGUGGAUUCAGUCGGCAGGAGACGUGACUCGCAACCUAAAAGCUCGGUCGGACCCAGUUCAGCAGCGUUUGGAUGAGAACGUUUUUGCUGGACUCUAACAAAGACCUCACGCCAAACGUAAGGCUAGUGAUUCUGCUGGGAAGAAUGGAUAGGAUUGGCUUUUAAGCCUUGCAUUAUGGUAAGAUUUGAACUAUCGACCACAGAAGACUGACUGUAAAUAAGGACUUCCAGUUUUAGAUUUCAGCUUCACUCAGAUUUGGCUACUGCCAUGACGCCAGAUGUAUGGGAACUGUGAGAAUGUGACGUUAGUCCCUCAGGUCUGUGUAAUUACCUUGUUUUGUAUUUAUUACCAGGCAACACUAAUAACAGCCUCCACUAGCUAAUUAUGUACUUGUUUCUUCAGAUCAAUGAUCCUUAAAGAAUUAUAAGAUUUUCUUUAUUAUUUUCAAUCCAACCCUACUAUGCAUCUUACGUCAUUUUCAGUUUGUACAUUACUGCACUUAAAGUUGGUGGAUAGAAGUUGUUGAUUAAAAUGCUGCUUAUGUUUGAG